CGCACGUCACACUUUGUUGCUUGCGUCGACAUGACCAGCGCGGCCGAGAUCGAAGCGCUGCAGGUGCUCCUCGCCAAGGAGCUCUACCUCGAGCACGCGAGUCCGCUCUAUGUUUCGUGCACGGAAGGUGACAUCGAGAAGGUCACGUCGCUCCUGGCCGACGCUGCCACCGACGUCACGUGGCGCACGCCCGACGAGGGCUGGACGCCGCUGCACAUGGCGUCGGCCAUGGGCUACGACGACAUUGUCGCGCUGCUACUGCGCCACGGCGUCGCCGCCGACGCGCUGGGCCACGACGACGUGACGCCGCUCAUGGCCGCGUCGAUCCAAGGCCAGCUCUCGACGCUGCAGCUGCUCGUCAACCAGGGCCAUGCCAAUGUCAACGCCGUGACGACGGAUGGCACGUCGGCGCUGCAUGGCGCCGUGCACAACCACCACUUGGGCUGCGUCGAGGCGCUGCUGGGCUUUGGCGCCGACGUCAACGCGGUCGACGCGCAGGGUAUUUCCGCCCUCGAGAUCGCGUCGUCGGCCGGCGACCUCGAGAUGAUCGAGGUGUUUGCGACCAAGGCGAGCGCGCCACUCAAGUUGCAAAUGACCGCUGCCGAUGGGACGACUGCGCUCCACGCCGCAGCGCUGCAUGGACACAUUGACAUUGUGCAGUGGCUCAUCUCGCACGGUUGUCCCAGCGACGCGCCCAACGACAUGGGCCUCACGCCGCUGUACCUGGCGGCGCAAGAAGGUUUCGAUGCGAUCGUGCAGCUCCUAUUGAACGAAAAGGCCAACGCCAACGCCGUCUCGAAUGUCGACGGGUUCACCCCGAUCAUGAUUGCCGCCCAGAUGGGCCACGUCGGCGUCGUCGAGCUCCUUCACGCGCGCGGCGCCCAUCUCACAUACCAUACGCCGGAUGGCUGGGAUGCCUUGUACGUAGCUGUGCAGAACGGCCACGCGUCGGUCCUCGCCUUCUUGGUCACGCACGGCGCCAACGUCCACGCCACCUACAAUAAUGGCAUUACGUUGCUGUACACGGCUGCGCAAGAAGGCCACGUCGAGUGCGCUACGUACCUGUUGGACCACGCCAAGGUCCCGGUCGACGCGCCGCAAGCGAUGGGCUGGACGCCGCUGCACAUUGCUGUGCUCCACCACAAGAUGGAUAUUGCGCAGACCCUUCUCUCGCACGGCGCCAACGUCAACGCUGUCGAGAAUGAGAUGGGCGGCACGCCGCUGCAUGUCGCCGCUGAAAUGGGCAACCUCGAGAUGGUCCAGUUGCUUCUCUCGCACGGCGCGAGCACCGCGGCCAAGCUCAAGGACGGGUCGACGCCGCUCGAGACAGCCAAGAACACGGGCAACGAAGCGGUGCUUGGCCCUUUGCUGGCGUAGGCAGCAUAGCUCCAUUUUUGCAUAACUUUGUGGAAGCUAUGUCUGUUGAAAAUGCCGGCGCACGUCGUGGCAAUGCG